GUGUGCGGCUCGGCGCGGGCUCACAAAGAGCUGCGGCGGCGCCCCGCGCUUGGCCUCGCCGACCAAGCCGGGGGCGGCGGCGCAUCGCGCUCCAGAGCGGCACCAGUCUUCUGCAUAUUUAAGUAUUACUGAAACUCCAGCAGGUGGACCACCGUGGAGGACAGACUUUCCUGCAGACAGCGACAGGGAGAGCCGUUCUCUGUGUGGAGAUUGCCAAAAGACUGGAUCACCAGGAGGCUUUUUGGAACAUUGUCAAGGCACUCAUUUUGUGGCUGCAUCUAGGUAAUUAUGGCUGUGUGAGUGUCCACCAUGGCCCACCGAAAGCGCCAGAGCACAAGCAGCAUGUUGGACCACAGGGCUAGGCCAGGUCCUAUCCCCCAUGAGCAAGAGCCUGAGAGCGAGGACACAGAACUGCCUUUGGAAGGCUACAUGCCCACAGGCCUGGAGCUGGGCACUCUGCAGCCAGAGAGCCCCACGCCUGAGGAGCAGGAGUGCCACAACCACAGCCCCGAUGGGGAUUCCAGCUCCGACUAUGUGAAUAACACAUCCGAAGAGGAGGACUAUGAUGAGGGCCUCCCCGAGGAGGAGGAGGGCAUCACCUACUACAUCCGAUACUGCCCUGAGGAUGACAGCUAUCUAGAGGGCAUGGACUGUAAUGGGGAGGAGUAUGUGGCCCAUGGUGUGCAUCCCGUGGACACUGACGAGUGUCAAGAGGCGGUAGAGGAGUGGACAGACUCAGUGGGCCCUCAUGCCCGUAGCCAUGGGGCUGAAAGUAGCCAGGAAUACCCAGACAGCCACCUACCUAUCCCAGAGGAUGAGCCUUCUGUCCUAGAGGUCCAUGACCAGGAAGAAGAUGGCCACUACUGUCCUAGCAAGGAGAGCUACCAGGACUACUACCCCUCAGAGGCCAAUGGGAAUGCGGGUGGUGCCUCCCCCUACCGCCUGAGGCGUGGGGACGGGGACCUGGAGGAGCAGGAGGAGGAUAUUGACCAGAUCGUGGCUGAGAUCAAGAUGAGCCUGAGCAUGACCAGCAUCGCCAGCGAGGCCAGUCCUGAGCACAUGCCAGAGCUGGGACCCGGGGACUCCACAGAGGCCUGUUUACCCAGCAACACCAGCCAUGGGCCCAGCAGGCAUGAGGCAAGGCCCAAGUCGCUGAACCUCCCUUCUGAGGCCAAGCACCCUGGAGACCCCCAGAGAGAACUCAAGAGCAAGACCAGGACCCCAGAGGAGAGGCCAAAGUGGCCCCAAGAGCAGGUUUGCAAUGGUUUGGAGCAGCCAAGGAAGCAGCAGCGCUCUGAUCUCAAUGGACCCAUUGACAACAACAACAUCCCAGAGACAAAGAAGGUGGCAUCAUUUCCAAGCUUUGUGGCUGUUCCAGGGCCCUGUGAGCCAGAAGACCUUAUUGAUGGGAUCAUCUUCGCUGCCAACUACCUGGGCUCCACCCAGCUGCUUUCUGAGCGCAACCCAUCCAAAAACAUCAGAAUGAUGCAGGCGCAGGAGGCCGUCAGCAGGGUCAAGAGGAUGCAAAAGGCUGCUAAGAUCAAGAAAAAAGCGAAUUCUGAGGGUGAUGCUCAAACGCUGACGGAAGUAGACCUUUUCAUCUCCACCCAGAGGAUCAAAGUUUUAAAUGCUGACACACAGGAAACCAUGAUGGACCAUGCCUUGCGCACCAUCUCUUACAUCGCAGACAUUGGGAACAUAGUUGUUCUGAUGGCCCGGCGCCGCAUGCCACGGUCUGCCUCUCAAGACUGCAUUGAGACCACGCCUGGGGCCCAGGAGGGGAAGAAACAGUACAAGAUGAUCUGCCACGUGUUCGAAUCAGAGGAUGCCCAGCUGAUAGCCCAGUCCAUUGGGCAGGCUUUCAGCGUGGCCUACCAGGAAUUCCUGCGGGCCAAUGGCAUCAAUCCUGAAGAUCUAAGCCAGAAGGAGUACAGUGACAUUAUCAACACCCAGGAGAUGUAUAAUGAUGACCUCAUCCACUUCUCAAACUCAGAGAACUGCAAGGAGCUGCAGCUGGAAAAGCACAAGGGUGAGAUUCUAGGCGUGGUGGUUGUGGAGUCAGGUUGGGGCUCCAUUCUGCCCACCGUAAUCCUAGCCAACAUGAUGAAUGGAGGCCCUGCGGCACGCUCAGGGAAGCUGAGCAUCGGAGACCAGAUCAUGUCCAUCAAUGGCACCAGCCUGGUGGGGCUGCCCCUUGCCACCUGCCAGGGCAUCAUCAAGGGCCUGAAGAACCAGACACAAGUGAAGCUCAACAUUGUCAGCUGUCCCCCGGUCACUACGGUCCUCAUCAAGCGUCCAGACCUCAAGUACCAGCUGGGCUUCAGUGUGCAGAACGGAAUUAUCUGCAGUCUCAUGAGAGGGGGUAUUGCAGAGCGAGGUGGUGUUCGCGUUGGUCACCGCAUCAUCGAGAUCAAUGGGCAGAGUGUGGUGGCCACAGCCCAUGAGAAGAUAGUCCAGGCUCUGUCCAAUUCAGUGGGAGAGAUUCACAUGAAGACCAUGCCUGCUGCCAUGUUCAGGCUCCUCACAGGCCAAGAGACCCCGCUGUACAUCUAGGCUCACCCAGAUUUCACCAUGGAGCAGUGACACUAAGCAGACCCACUUGGGCCCAGAGGAGCCAGAAGCCAGGACAAAGCCCUGACCCUUGACCCCACAGCCCAACAAAGGACACUGGCACCCCUGAAGAAUGUGCCCUCAUCACCUAGUUCUUUUGGUUUUGAGCUUAGUUCUGUUUUGUUUUGCCAAAAAAAGGAUAUGUCUUUACCAAAGGAGAGUCCCAGGAGCAAUCCUUUGUAAAACAUUCUGGUAUUCUGCCACGUUCUCACUACGGCUGAUGACGGGUGCUCACGGUUAGCUCUGUGUGGUGUAGUGUGUCAUUCCUCCCUGAAGCUGUAGAAUGGGAAUGUGGAGCCUGCCCAUGUGGCCAUGAAGGGAGGCCUCUGCUGGUCACAGCUCCCACAGGGCUGUGGGCACACCCUCUCUACUCCCUCGCUGGGACACCUGGGGUCCUAUAGGGCCUACGAACCAGCGCUGCCUCCACCUGAUGGGUGCAGGGGAGCACGACUCCCAGGAUGAGACUUGUACUGAAUGUGGGAACCUGUGAUUGAUUGUAAGUAUUUAUGCAGCAAGGGGAUACUCCCGAGUUAAAUAAAAAAUGAUGGUCACAAUGUCAAAACUCCAUAUUUAUUUAGCAAAUAUUACUAUUUGGACAUUGACCUUAGCAAGCCGUUCUUCAGAUGUUUAGGUUUUCCGAUGACUUGUGACCACAGCUGCUUCUCCUAUCCUAGCCUGUUUGGAGUCCCCUGAGACUCUGUGAACUUCCUUGGGCUUCCUCCCUCCAACUCUUUCUCCAUCACAGGGCUCCCCACCAGGGGGCAGCAUCCUCCAGGGGCAGAGGCAGAGACAUGGGAGACUUGCCCUAUUUUUAAAAAUCUAGCUACACAUAUAUAGCCACACACACAGUCCCCAACAAAGCAAGCCCAUACCAGAAAACCCAUCUCUGUCCUUCCUGAGGGGACCAGCCUAGAGUGCAGAUUACUUGGUGAGCAAGGUGUCUGCCCACCACAAGCAGUGUUAGCACGUGUGGACCACGGGGCACAGCGGCUGGCUCAGUUCAUUAGAGAUCAAUGUUAACUGACGUCAUUUUGUCUGGAAGUCUCUUUUUUUUGGCCCAGGCCUUGAAGAAUACACUGUGACUUAAGAAGCCUUACCAUGCAGUAGCUGAAGCUUUAGGAUCACUGUACUCGAGGAGUAACCUGUGUGUUGCAUGCAGCUGACCCUAGGAAGACUUCGCGCAUAUCGCUAAUAAACCUGAAGUCGUGAUGAAAA